AAUGCUCAAAACUUAAUUUUUACUCAAAAAAGUUGAAUAAGAAGAGUAUUUGACUCCAAUCAAAAAUAAAGAUAAACCUUAAAAUAGUCCUACAAAUUGGAAACCUAUUCAUGAUUUUAGUUAUGAUCUUCAUUUUGAUAAUGAAAUUAAUUGCUAGAACGGUUGAAAAAAUA